AAUAAUACUCCAUAAUAAUUCUUAAGUGAAGACCAAAGUUUUGGUUAAUGUGUUGAAUAAUAAUAAGAUCAUCUCAUAGACAGUCAUACCUCAUUGUUUAGAAGUAGAUAUUAAUAUCAAUAUCAAUUCAUGUCUUAUUUUAUCAAAACCCUUCUACUCUUACUACCUUUGUUUUGUUACUCUAAGUUUAGUUCAUCUCAAGGAAAUCUUACAAUUAAUCAGAUCCUUAAAGACCCAGAAACCCUAGAGUCUACUAAAUCCAUUUUCAAAUUAGGGUUUUUCAGCCCCAUUAACUCCACCAAUCGGUAUCUUGGAAUCUGGUACAAUAAAAAUGCAGGUAAUUCAUUAGAAGUAGUUUGGGUAGCCAAUAGAAACAACCCACUUGAUCAUAAUUCUUCUGGGGUACUAACCCUUAUUCAGGAUGGCAAUCUUCAUCUUAUGGAUGGAACAAAUAAGAGCAUUUGGUCAACAAAUAUAACAUCUAAGAAUGACGUAAUUCAGCCUGUUCUUCAGCUUUUAGAUACAGGAAACCUUGUUUUACUGUCAAAUAAUAGUGGGUUUUCCGGGGAUAUAAUAUGGCAGAGUUUCGAUCAUUCUACAGAUACAUUGUUACUGCAUAUGAAACUCGAUUUUGAUGCGAAUUCAAGCUCGAAAAUAUCGAAUCUUGUGUCAUGGAUGAGCGCUUCAAAUCCAUCUAAUGGGCGGUUUAGUGCUGGUAUUUAUAAGCGAAAUCUGUCGGAAUUUUAUAUCUGGGAUGGUGAUCGACCCUAUUGGAGAUCAGGACCUUGGAAUGGGAAUCUGUUUUUGGGUGUAAAAGCUCUGUAUUAUUCAGCACAGGAUGCAGGAUUUCAUCUACAAAGUGAUAAUCAAGGGAGUAUUAGUCUUUCAUUUUCUUCAGCUAGCCAGCGAGUUUUCGAGCAUUAUGUAGUGACUUAUGAAGGCAUGAUGGCCUUAAAAGAUUGGGAUGAUGAGGGUAGGAAUUGGGUUACUGAAUGGCAGUCUAUUGAAUAUGAUUGUGAUGUGUUUGGUAAGUGUGGAGAAUUCGGGUUUUGUGACUCGAAAACGAGGCCUAUCUGUAGUUGUUUGAGGGGGUUUGAGCCGAGGAAUAGGCAAGAAUGGAGGGCAGGGGAUUGGAGUAAGGGGUGCUUGCGCAGAACACCUGUGCAAUGUGGCAGUACAGGAGGGAAAUCAGAUGGGUUUUAUGUGUUGGAGAAUAUGAAAGUGCCUGAUAAUGCUGUGUGGCUCGAUUCGGACGAUAGGGAGGAUUGUAGGACUAAGUGUCUAGCAGAUUGUUCUUGUUUGGCUUAUGCUUAUUAUACAGGUUUUGGGUGCAUGAUUUGGAGUGGAAGCUUGAUUGACAUACAGGAGUUCUAUGAAGUUGGUGUUGAUCUUUAUAUUCGGGUGGCUUAUUCAGAACUAGGUGAAAGUAGUAAAUGGAAAUCAAUUGUUGCAGUCAUAACAAUUUUGGGUACAAUGUCAUUAGUUCUCAUCCUCUACUUUCUUUGGAGGUGGAAGAAUAAACCAAAUGCAGCAAAGACUACUACAAAGUUCGGUUUCAAGAAUAAUAAAUCCCAUGAACACAUGGUUGGGUCUGGAGCUGGUCAAGCAGAGUACCAAGAUUUACCAUUGUUUAAACUUGAGGAUUUGAUGGUUGGAACAAAUGAAUUUUGUGAAAUCAAUAAGCUUGGUCAAGGUGGUUUUGGUUCAGUGUACAAGGGAAAGCUUGAGGAUGGACAAGAGAUAGCAGUAAAAAGACUGUCAAGAGCAUCAGUACAAGGCCUGCAGGAGUUUAUGAAUGAAGUUGAUGUGAUCUCAAAACUUCAACAUAGAAAUCUGGUCAGACUGUUGGGUUGUUGUGUAGAAGGAGAAGAAAAACUUUUGGUGUAUGAAUACCUGUCAAAUAAGAGCUUGGAUGCAUUCCUCUUCAAUCCCAUUGAACGAAAACAUUUGGAUUGGAACAAGCGCUUCAACAUAAUCCUAGGGAUAAGCAGAGGCCUUCUUUACCUUCACAGAGAUUCUAGAUUACGGAUUAUUCAUAGAGAUCUUAAAUCAGGUAACAUCUUGUUGGAUGACAAUCUCAACCCGAAGAUAUCUGACUUUGGAAUGGCUAAGAUAUUCGGAGGCAACCAAGACCAAGAUAACACAAGAAGGAUUGUUGGCACCUAUGGUUAUAUGUCUCCGGAAUAUGCAAUGGAAGGUGUGUUUUCAGAGAAGUCAGAUGUGUUCAGCUUUGGAGUGUUGUUGCUAGAGAUCAUAAGUGGGAGAAGAAAUAGUAGCUUCAAGGAUGAAGAGACUUUGAGCCUUUUAGGUCAUACAUGGAAAUUGUGGAAUGAGGGCAAACUUGUAUCAUUGGUUGAUCCUACAAUUGAAUCAUCAAAUAGUAGAGAAGAGAUUUUGAGGUGCAUACAAGUAGGAUUAUUGUGCGUAGAAGACGUCCCAGAAGAUAGACCAAGCAUGAGCAUGGUUGUUCCCAUGAUUGAGCGUGAAAUUGCACAUCUUCCACUUCCAAAACAACCUGCCUUUACACAUAGAAGAAUUUGUAAUGGAGAUCUUCGGAGUCCUCAAUUUUAUUCUGUUAAUUAUGUGUCAAUUACUUCGGUGUCUGGUCGAAUGUUUUGGAGUUUCGUUAAUCAUCAAACACGAUCUGGUGAAAAUGCAGAAGACUCUGAAACAUGGACGGACAAUCGACGAGGCAAUAUUUAUAAUGAUGAUGCUCGCAAAAACAGUUACGAAGGCUUGAAGGAUUUUGAAAACAAAAUGCAGAGGCUCCGAAGAGGUGACUACUCCGGCAUGAUGUGGAUAUAUUUCCUGGAAAAAAAAUCAGACACUUUUUCCUACUCCAUGCAAUUCAAAGACCUCACAGAAAAUCAAAGUGGGCAUUCUCUUAAGAUUUUUAGAAUGGAUUGUGGCAGAGAAUUUACAAGCAACGAAUCCAACAGCUUCUCGGAGAUGGCCCGCAACAUGAUGCAGGAUAAAAAUUUACCCAAAAGAUACUGGGCCGAAACUGUUCACACGACAGUAUAUAUCCUCAAUAGAUCUCCCACAAAAGCAAUUAAGGAUCUAACACUAUAUGAAGCUUGGCACAAGAGAAAGCCAAGAGUAGAGCACCUUGGGUGCGUAGCUUAUGCCGACAUCCUGAAGGAGAAUCGGGAAAAGCUCGAUGAGAAGGGAGAAAUAUGCAUAUUCAUUCUGAAUGGACGUGGAAAGAAAAAGAAAUUGAAGCUCGUGAAGGAGAUACUCUCCCAAGGGAUCCAAGUGAAGAGGACGAGCAUACUAACCAGUAAACCCAUCAUCUCCGAGUCCAAGCACACCUGGAAGUACAAGAUCAUCCCCAAGCUCAGGAAGCCAAACAUCACGCUCAACUCCUCAACAUCAAGAAGCCCGAAGAUCAACACGGGAUCGGCAACCGCCAUUAUGUACAAAGUAAGGCUCGUUGCAAAAGGAUAUGCACAACAACCUGGAAUCGACUUGAACGAAACAUAUGCACCAGUUGUCUGCAUGGAAACAAACAGAAGAGUCUUAGCACUAGCAGAGCAACAUCAACUACCAGUCUUUCAGCUUGAUGUCAAAUCAGCAUUUCUAAAUGGAGAACUCAAAGAAGAAGUGUACGUCGAGCAGCCGCAGGGAAACGUCAUCAAAGGCCAAGAAGACAAAGUAUACUGCCUUCGAAAGCUCUCUACGGACUCAAACAAGCACCUCGAGACACAUCCAACAAUAAUCAAAGAAUUAAAAAAGGCUAUGAUGAAGGAAUACGAGAUGACAGACCUUGGUAUAAUGAAAUACUUCCUUGGUAUACAAAUCAAACAAAGCCCAGGAAGAAUAUCUCUAUCACAAGAGAAGUACGCAGAAGACCUUUUCAAAAAAUUCAACAUGAGUGAGUGUAAACUGCUGACUAUACCAAUGGUAAUCAACGAAAAGUUAUCAAAGUACGAUAGCAAACCAAGAGUCGACGGAGCAAUGUAUCGAAGCUUAGUCGGUUAUCUCCUUUAUCUCACACAUACAAGACCAGAUAUAGUCAAUGCUGUCAGUAUCGUAUCCAGGUUCAUGAGAGAACCAAGCAAGGAUCAUCUAACAGCAGCAAAGAGGAUUCUCAGAUACAUUAAGGGAGCGAAGAGCUAUGCGAUCAUAAACGUGGAUGAUAGAAAAAGCACAAGCGGGUACAUAUUUCAGCUUGGAACGAAGGUGGUUUCAAGGUCAUCAAAAAAGCAAGCAACAAUAGCUUUAUCAUCAGCAGAAGCAAAGUACAUUGCAGCAACAAGUGCAACAUGUGAAGCAGUCUGGCUCAGAAAGAUAUUGAUUGAUCUACAACAUAACAAAUCAAAACACAUCGAGCUACGACAACAUUACAUUCGUGAGUUGGUAGACAAGAAAGAGAUCGAACUACAGUUCUGCAAGGCGGGGGAGCAGCUCGCAGACAUUUUCAAAAAACCCAUAUCAACUGAUAGCUUUAUCAAGUUCAGAAGACAACUCAGAGUUCAAAAAUUUUUCAGAUUAAGAGGAGUCACUGGUAAACCCAGAUCACUCAGAGGAGCAUUUGGACCGGAAGAAACGGUUCAAUAUAAUCAAAGGGAUUGGCAUAGAUUCAAUGUAUACUUCUAUAGUACAAGCAGAUCAUUUAAAUGUUCUAUUCUGUCAAAACCUCAUUCCUCCUUAGCUUAUUCUAUGGCUUAUUAUGCCCAAACACUUAUUUUCUUUCUUUUUUGUGUUUGUAUCUUUGAAUUUUGUUCAGCUAGAGAUAAUAUAACAAUCUAUUAUACUCUUAAAUACCCAGAAACAUUACUGUCCAGUAAUAGCCUUUUCAAAUUUGGUUUUUUCAGUCCAAUUAACUCAACUAACAGAUCAUAUGCUGGUAUCUGGUAUAACAAAAAAGAUUUUACUGGUAAACUGGAAGUGAUUUGGGUAGCCAACAGAGAAAACCCACUUGAGAAUUCUUCUGGGAUACUCAAAAUUUUAUCAGAUGGAAAUCUUCAUCUCUUAGAUGAAAAAAAGAGAAGCAUUUGGUCAACAAAUGUAACAUCUUAUAGUGGGCUAAAUUCUUCUAUUCAACUUCUUGAUACUGGAAACCUUGUUUUACUGUCAAAUGCUAGUAAAACUUUCAUGUGGCAAAGUUUUGAUCAUCCUAUAGAUACAUUGUUACCACAUAUGAAGGUAACAUUUCAUGAACAUAAGACCUCAAGUCCUUUAUUUGGUUCAUGGAAGAGUCCUUCAGAUCCUUCAAAAGGACAGUUUACAUAUGGUAUUGUUCAUCGUAGCCUUUUGGAGAUUUUCAUUUGGGAUGGUGAUCGUCCUUAUUGGCGAUCAGGACCUUGGGAUGGUCAUGUAUUUAUGGGUGUUCAAGCAAUGUAUUAUUAUGCACUUAGUGAUGGUAUUCACCUUGAGAAUGAUGUUGAUAGUGGCACAAUUAGUCUAUCAUUUUCUUCAGUAAGUGGAAGUGUUACAGAACACUAUGUAUUUAGUUAUGAUGGCUUGAUUUUACAAAGGGAUUGGAUAAAUGAUGCUGAGGAGUGGACACUUAUAUGGCAGUCUAUAGAAUCUGAGUGUGAUAUAUACGGACAGUGUGGAGAAUUUUCGAGUUGUAACUCGAAUAGUAUGCCUAUAUGUAGUUGUUUGAAGGGGUUUGAACCGAGGAAUAAGCAAGAAUGGAGUUCAGGGAAUUGGAGUAGAGGUUGUGUGCGGAGUACACGAUUGCAAUGUGGUAUUAAUGGAGGGCAAGAUGGGUUUUUAAGGUUGAGUAAUAUGAAAGUUCCAGAUAAUGCUGUUUGGUUGUUUUCAGUUGAUGAAGAACAUUGCAGGGUACAAUGCCAAGUAAAUUGUUCUUGUUUAACUUAUGCUUAUUCUUUAGGCUUUGGGUGUAUGAUCUGGACUGGAAGCUUGAUAGACAUACAGAAUUUCUCUGAUGUUGGUGUUGAUCUUUAUAUUCGUUUGGCUCAUUCGGAAUUAGGUGUAGUUGCUCACCAUGAAUCUAGUAAUAAAUGGAAACUCAUUGCAGUCUUUGUGAUUUUGGGUACGGCUGUAUUACUCCUAUUGCCUUACUUUCUAUGGAGGUGGAUCAGUCCACAAUGUGGAAAAACAGGUACAAACAAGGAGUUUGAAAGGCAGAGAAAUAGCAUGGAAAGGGUUGAAGAAUGCCCUGUUGAAAUCCAAGAUCUACCAUUGUUUAACUUUGAUGAUUUGGUCGUUGCAACUAACAACUUUUCAGAAAGCAACAAGCUUGGUCGAGGUGGUUUUGGUUCAGUAUACCAGGGAAAAUUGGAAAGUGGACAAGAAAUAGCAGUAAAACGACUAUCAAGAGAAUCAGGACAAGGCGUACAAGAAUUUAUGAACGAAGUGUUUGUGAUCUCGAAACUUCAACACCGAAAUCUCGUCAGGCUGUUAGGCUGUUGUGUAGAAGGAGACGAGAAAAUAUUGGUGUACGAGUAUAUGCCAAAUAAGAGCUUGGAUGCAUUCCUUUUCGAAUCCUCUAUUCAGGACCAUAUGGAAUGGAAGAUUCGGUUUAAUAUAAUAAAAGGGAUAAGCAGAGGUCUUCUUUACCUUCAUAGAGAUUCGAGAUUGAAGAUUAUUCAUAGAGAUCUUAAAGCGAGCAAUAUUUUGUUGGAUAGCAAUCUUAAUCCAAAGAUAUCGGACUUUGGUAUGGCAAGGAUAUUCAGAGUUGAUCAAGACCAAAGUGAAACCAGAAGGAUUGUUGGUACUUAUGGUUAUAUGUCUCCGGAGUAUGCAAUGGAAGGACGCUUUUCAGAAAAGUCUGAUGUGUUCAGUUUUGGAGUGCUACUAUUGGAGAUUGUCAGUGGUAGAAAGAAUAGUAGCUUCAUUGAAGAGGAUAAUGUGACCUUCUUGGCUCAUGUAUGGAAAUUGUGGAAAGAGACCAACAUUUGGUCGUUUGUUGAUCCAAAAAUAUCAAAAUCAGGCUUUAAAGAAGAGAUAAUGAGGUGCAUACAACUAGCACUUUUGUGUGUGCAGGAAUAUCCAGAAGAUAGACCAAGUAUUUGCAUGAUUGUUUCUAUGAUUGAAAGUGAAGUUACAGAUCUUCCAUGCCCAAAACAACCUGGCUUUACCUUAAGAAUUAGUUCUUCACAAGAACGUUCUUCUGUUAAUGGUAUUUCACUUACUACUGUAACUGGCAGAUGACUACAUGCUUAUGCAGAGUUCAUGAAUGUGACUACAUUUGUUGUUAUCAAGAAAAAGUUAUAUCCAUUUGAAAAACAGGACUUUUUAUAUUAAAAGGAGAUGUAUAAUUCUUUGGUUCUUUUGAAUUAUAAUGGACAUUAGCUAAAUGAUUUAUUUAAUUAUGUGCACUAGUUU